AUGCGUGUGGCUCUGGAAACGAUCGAGCACAUUGCAGCGUACAUCCCGUCGCAACCUGCACUCAACGCGUUUCUAAAUGUCCUUCCAGAGCGGACGCCCGCGAUGGAGGUCGUCCGGACGUGGGGCAAGAAAGGCGGCACGGCUCAUUGCAGCUUCUCGAGCUUUUCCAGGUUGACCAUGUCGUUUGACGCGCGCAUCUUGCAGCACUACCAAGUUGACCCGGUGUCGAUUGCUGCGUACGCUAUCGCAACAUCGUUCACUCCGCUCGUGUCGGUCAGCGUCGGCAACAUGGCGCAGUGGAGGAGCUACGUCAGCGCCAUCGCCCAUCUCGUCACGUCGGUCGAGUUGGACCCAAUGCCCGACUUGGACGAUCCCAACCAAGCCACUGCGCUUCGUGAUGCACUUGUUGCGUGUCCGCGCCUGCGCAAGCUGUGCGUCCG